ACAUGGAGUAGCCCUGGGUCUCAGGCAGACGUUUGUGUUGUGGGACAGUUUUUUUAUGGACCUAAAGCGGCCGCAGAUGUGGAAGGACGGACUGUAGGCUGCCUCAGAGUGAAGACGAGAUUUUGUUUUUAAUAUUGAAAAGAUGGCGAACGAUUCUCCGGCUAAAAGUCUGGUGGAUAUCGACCUGUCUGCUUUACGGGAUCCAGCUGGGAUAUUCGAAUUGGUGGAAGUGGUCGGAAAUGGCACCUAUGGACAAGUGUACAAGGGACGACAUGUCAAAACAGGCCAGCUGGCAGCCAUCAAGGUCAUGGAUGUUACAGAGGAUGAAGAGGAAGAGAUUAAACUUGAGAUUAACAUGCUAAAGAAGUACUCGCAUCACAGAAACAUCGCCACGUACUACGGUGCUUUUAUUAAGAAGAGUCCGCCAGGUCAUGAUGACCAGCUCUGGCUGGUGAUGGAGUUCUGUGGAGCCGGAUCUAUCACAGACCUGGUGAAGAACACAAAGGGAAACAAGCUUAAUGAAGACUGGAUUGCUUAUAUUUCACGUGAGAUUCUUAGAGGUCUCGCCCAUUUGCACGCACACCACGUCAUCCAUCGUGACAUUAAAGGGCAAAAUGUUCUGCUCACCGAGAACGCCGAGGUUAAGCUGGUCGACUUUGGAGUGAGCGCUCAGUUGGACAGGACGGUUGGCAGAAGGAACACUUUCAUCGGCACGCCAUACUGGAUGGCGCCCGAGGUCAUCGCAUGCGAUGAAAACCCCGAUGCCACCUACGACUACAGGAGCGACCUGUGGUCAUGUGGAAUCACUGCUAUUGAAAUGGCAGAGGGAGCUCCCCCUCUUUGUGACAUGCAUCCCAUGCGAGCGCUUUUCCUGAUCCCAAGGAAUCCACCUCCUCGACUCAAGUCCAAAAAGUGGUCCAAGAAGUUCACCAGCUUCAUCGAUAACUGCCUGGUGAAGAACUACACGCAGCGGCCGCCCACCGACCAGCUUCUGAAGCACCCGUUCAUCAGAGACCAGCCGAACGAGAGGCAGGUCCGCAUCCAGCUUAAGGACCACAUCGACCACACACGCAAAAAGAGGGUGGAGAAAGAAGAGACCGAGUAUGAAUGGACCGGAAGUGAAGAUGAGGAAGAUGAAGCACAGGAGCAGGAGGGAGAGCCCAGCUCCAUCGUGAACGUGCCAGGCGAGUCGACACUGCGCCGGGACUUCAUCCGACUACAGCAGGAGAACAAGGAGCGAUCGGAGGCGCUGAAGAGACAGCAGCUCCUACAGGAGCAGCAGCUCCGCGAGCAGGAGGAGUACAAGUGCCAGCUGCUGGCCGAACGUCAGAAGCGUAUAGAGCAGCAGAAGGAGCAGAGGAGACGCCUAGAGGAGCAACAGCGGCGCGAAAAAGAGCUGAGGCGGCAGCAGGAGCGAGAGCAGAGACGAAGGGAGCAGGAGGACAAAAGAAGGAUGGAAGAGAUGGAGCGGCGGCGCAAAGAGGAGGAGGAGCGCAGGAGGGCCGAGGAGGAGCGCAGGAGGGCAGAGGAGGAGAAGAGACGGAACGAUCGUGAACAGGAAUAUAUCCGCCGGCAACUGGAGGAGGAGCAGCGACAUCUGGAGAUCCUUCAGCAGCAGCUUCUCCAUGAACAGGCCAUGUUACUGGAGUUCAAAUGGCGGGAGCUGGAGGAACAGCGGAAGGCCGAGCGACUGCAGCGGCAGCUCCAGCAGGAACAAGCGUACCUGCUCUCUUUACAGCAAGGCCAGAAAGUGCGCAAGUCCUCCCUCACAUCCCAACCGGAGUGGGCCAAACUACCCCAGGCUCGCCCUAUCCCCAGCCCUGACCCCUUAGUUCACUCUAAUACUGACGAACGUCCACCAAGGACUGAUUGUCCGGCAGAUACCGAGACGGACCCGGAGCCUAAAGCCGAGCAGGCCGAGCUGGUAGAUGAGAAUACAGCUGAUGCUGAUGAGAUCAGGGAACGUACUGAUGCUUUAUUAGAGGACUCUGGUCACUCAGUCGUAGAGACAGCAGGUGAGACAGACAGGACUGAUGACACCCUUCAGCAGUCGAGUCCAGCCGAUGAACCUGUCGUUGAAGCCCUGCCAGUCGGAGAGGCUGAUGAGAGAUACCGUAAGAACAUGCAGGGCUCACCUCAGACAGCCCCGACCAAGCAGCCUCCUGUACCUCCUCGCUCUUCUGAGCCCUUUUCCAAUGGAAAUGCUGAGUCCUCAGGCAUGCACAAGCCCAUGGAACCACAGGUCCAAUGGUCACACCUGGCAGCUUUAAAGAGCAAUGCAUCCGCUCCCCCUGUCGCCCGCUCUCAUUCGUUCAGUGACCCUGUUCCUAGUUUUGCACAUCUCCACAUGCGCUCUCAGGAGCCCCACCACCCGGCGCACCCCGCACGGUCCGAGCAUCCACACCCUCUGUCCCUGUCACAGUCCCGAAGCCACGAGAUCCCAGAGACAAGCCUGAUCGACGAGGUGCCUCCUAGGGUUCCUGUAAGAACGACAUCCAGAUCACCUGUCCUGUCCCGUCGAGACUCCCCACUUCAAAGUGGCCAGCAAAGCAACCAACCAGGACAGAGGAAUACUGGCAGUAAUGCUGAGCCACGUCUGCUGUGGGAUCGGGUUGAAAAGCUGGCCUCGAGACCAGGCAGUGGAAGCUCCUCUGGUUCCAGCAACACCAGCUCCCAGGCUGCUUCACAGAGCUCUGGAGAGAAGUUCAGGGUUCGCUCUUCCUCUAAGUCUGAGGGUUCACCACAUCCACGCCCAGAAAAUGUUCCGAAAAAAUCAGAGGAGAAGAAGGAUUUUGUCAGACCAAGCAGACCUUCUGAUCUCACUCUACUGGCCAAUGAGGUGCGUGCAAUUGAAGAGCCUCGACCUCCUCACAAAGUGACCGACUACUCGUCAUCCAGUGAGGAUUCGGAGUCGGAUGAAGAUGAUGAGGUGGAACAGGAACUGGGAAAUGAGUCCACCUCUGGUGCUGAGGACAUCAGACCCAGCUCGUCUAAAACCAGCAAUGGCGAGAUCGAGUCGAUGAAGACCCUGAUCGUUCACGACGAAGCAGAAAGUGACCCGGCCACCACGCCCUCUAAAGACAGCACUUUACUUGUCAGACAGAGUGUAGCAGAGAAAAAGCGAUUGGUUCCUGGGCCCGGUGCUGGGCCUGCUCCUGGUCAAGGCCUUGUUCUGGGCCACCAGGAGCAAAACGGCUACGCAGGCCGUAUUCACCUGCUGCCUGAUCUCAUCCAGCCGAGCCAUCACUCCCCCUCCCCUUCCAUCACCUCCUCCCCAUCAUCCAGUCACACCAGCCCUGCCAUGUCCCCCCAAACCCCCAUCGAGAGACUGAUUGCAGUAGAGGCUGCCAGUGGGUCUCUUUCAAAACACAAGUCCUCUUCCUCCUUCACCCCGUUCAUUGACCCUCGUCUCCUCCAGAUCUCCCCCUCCGCUGGCAUCUCUCUCAACAACAUGGCAGUACUGGUGAAUGACGGUCGGCUUCAGGAAGUGUUGAGGCCUGACCCUAUGCGGAAGGGAUCGGUGGUUAACGUAAACCCAGUGAACACGCGGCCACAAAGUGACACGCCCGAGAUCCGAAAGUACAAAAAGAGGUUUAACGCAGAGAUCCUGUGUGCUGCUCUCUGGGGUGUGAACUUAUUGGUGGGAACUGAAAGUGGCCUUCUGCUUCUGGACCGAAGUGGGCAGGGUAAAGUUUACCCCCUCAUUAACCGGCGCCGUUUCCAACAGAUGGAUGUUCUGGAAGGUCUUAAUGUCCUGGUGACAAUAUCAGGCAAAAAGAACAAGCUGCGAGUGUAUUAUCUAUCAUGGUUGAGGAACAAGAUUUUGCACAAUGACCCCGAGGUGGAGAAGAAGCAGGGCUGGACUACGGUUGGAGAGCUUGAGGGCUGUGUGCACUACAAAGUCGUGAAAUAUGAAAGGAUCAAGUUCUUGGUUCUGGCUCUGAAAAACGCAGUGGAGGUCUAUGCAUGGGCGCCAAAGCCGUAUCACAAGUUUAUGGCCUUUAAGUCGUUUGGUGACCUAACACACAAGCCUCUGCUGGUUGACCUGACAGUAGAGGAGGGUCAGAGGUUAAAGGUGAUCUAUGGCUCCUGCUCUGGUUUUCAUGCUGUCGAUGUGGAUUCUGGUGCCGUUUAUGAUAUCUACUUACCCACCCAUAUUCAGACCAGCAUCCAGUCACACGCCAUCAUCAUCCUUCCCAACACGGACGGUAUCGAGCUGUUGGUCUGUUAUGAGGAUGAAGGCGUCUACGUGAACACGUACGGACGGAUCACCAAAGAUGUAGUGCUGCAGUGGGGAGAGAUGCCCACCUCUGUGGCCUACAUCAGAUCCAAUCAGAUUAUGGGCUGGGGCGAGAAGGCUAUAGAGAUCCGUUCAGUGGAGACUGGACAUCUGGAUGGUGUGUUCAUGCACAAACGGGCACAAAGACUCAAAUUCCUCUGUGAGAGAAAUGACAAGGUAUUCUUUGCUUCUGUACGUCCUGGAGGUGCCAGCCAGGUCUACUUCAUGACACUGGGUCGCACCAAUAUGCUCAGCUGGUAAUGCCACCACGCCUGCACCUCGGUCUACACAGUGCAUCACUUCUGACGAGCCGGCGUCAAAAUAAAAAUCACCUGUGAGCUAAAAUUCCAUGUGCCCUGUUAGCAUCGGUGCUAUAUCAGUUCUGUCUCUGUAGCCGCAGCCUCUGAGGGAAUCGAACUUUGAGUACAGUAAGUGAACAGAGCGAAGGAUGAUUAAGGGAGCGACCCUGAAGGAACUUGACUUGGAAUUGUAGCAAACUCCAGGAAAGUAAUUGAGAUUGAUUUAGACUCUAACACUUUAACAUUCAGGGGUUCCUCUUUUCAACUCUUUCAGACAUCAGGGGAUCUAAAACCACCUGAAGUUACUAAUCUACUUAAUAUAAACGUAUUCCUCCGGAACGAAUUUCAACUGUCUGUGAGCCGCCACGUGUGUUCCCUGUCUGUUUAUGUCCUAGCAGAAGGAAAACCAGGUUGGGGGCCCUCAUGGCAGCAGGUGUUGAAGGAACUUGGCCUUUUUUUUCUGUGAAUUCACCAACUGCCAAAACAACGGUUCUACUGUAUUACCGUGGUAGUCUGGGUUACUUUGGGGGAUUUAAUACUCACCGGUGUUUUUAACAACAGUGACUUUAGUGUGUUGAGAUUUUACACUCAUAAACUUUCAACAAUGUUCAUAUACAGUACAUUAAGUGUUUUUAUUUUUUAAGCAUUGCACUUGAUAAAUAAAUGACUAGACUCCUACUCGGUG